AUGGCUCACAACAAGAUCCCGCCGCGGUGGCUCCACUGUCCCCGGCGCGGCCAGCCGGUGGCAGGAAGAUUCUUACCUCUGAAGACAAUGUUAGGACCAAGGUAUGAUAGUCAAGUUGCUGAAGAAAAUCGGUUCUAUCCCAGUAUGCUCUCAAAUUAUCUAAAGAGUUUGAAGGUUAAAAUGGGCUUGCUGGUGGAUUUGACAAAUACUUCGAGGUUCUAUGACAGAAACGACAUAGAAAAAGAAGGAAUCAAAUAUAUAAAACUUCAGUGUAAAGGACAUGGUGAGUGCCCUACAACUGAGAAUACCGAGACAUUCAUUCGUCUGUGUGAGCGGUUUAAUGAAAGAAACCCACCUGAACUUAUAGGUGUUCAUUGUACCCAUGGCUUCAAUCGUACUGGUUUUCUCAUAUGUGCCUUUUUGGUGGAGAAAAUGGAUUGGAGUAUUGAAGCAGCAGUUGCCACUUUUGCUCAAGCGAGACCACCAGGAAUUUAUAAGGGUGAUUAUUUGAAAGAACUUUUUCGUCGCUAUGGGGAUAUAGAAGAAGCACCAGCCCCACCUGUAUUGCCAGAUUGGUGUUUUGAGGAUGAAGAAGAGGAAGAUGAGGAAGAUGAUGUAAAGAAGGAACCAGAACCUGGGUCAAGUGCCUCCUUUGGCAAGAGGAGAAAAGAACGGUUAAAACUGGGUGCUAUUUUCUUGGAAGGUAUAACGGUUAAAGGUGUAACUCAAGUAACAACUCAACCGAAGUUAGGAGAAGUACAGCAGAAAUGUCGUCAAUUCUGUGGCUGGGAAGGGUCUGGAUUUCCUGGAGCACAGCCUGUUUCCAUGGACAAGCAAAAUAUUAAACUUUUGGAGCAGAAUCCAUAUAAAGUAAGCUGGAAAGCAGAUGGUACUCGGUAUAUGAUGUUGAUUGAUGGCACAAAUGAAGUUUUUAUGAUUGAUAGAGAUAAUUCAGUGUUUCAUGUUUCAAAUCUGGAAUUCCCAUUUCGUAAAGAUCUCCGUAUACAUUUAUCAAAUACUCUGUUGGAUGGGGAAAUGAUUAUUGAUAAAGUAAAUGGACAAGCUGUACCUAGAUAUUUGAUUUACGACAUAAUUAAAUUCAAUGCACAACCAGUUGGAGAUUGUGAUUUUAAUGUUCGUCUUCAGUGUAUAGAACGAGAAAUAAUAAAUCCUCGACAUGAAAAAAUGAAGACUGGGCUCAUUGACAAAGCACAGGAACCAUUUAGUGUCAGAAAUAAGCCAUUUUUUGACAUUUAUACAUCAAGAAAGCUACUUGAAGGAAAUUUUGCAAAAGAAGUUAGCCAUGAAAUGGAUGGACUUAUUUUUCAGCCUACUGGAAAAUAUAAACCUGGUCGAUGUGAUGAUAUUUUAAAAUGGAAACCUCCCAGUCUGAAUUCUGUGGAUUUUCGCCUAAAGAUAACAAGAAUGGGAGGAGAAGGGCUGCUUCCUCAGAACGUUGGACUUCUUUAUGUUGGAGGUUAUGAAAGACCCUUUGCACAAAUCAAGGUGACAAAAGAUCUAAAACAGUAUGACAACAAAAUUAUAGAAUGCAAAUUUGAGAACAACAGCUGGGUCUUCAUGAGACAGAGAACAGACAAAAGUUUUCCUAAUGCCUACAACACUGCCAUGGCUGUAUGCAACAGCAUCUCAAACCCUGUCACCAAGGAGAUUCUGUUUGAGUUCAUUGACAGAUGUGCAGCUUCUCAGGGACAGAAACGAAAGCAUCAUCUGGAUCCUGACACGGAGCUCAUGCCUCCACCACCUCCCAAAAGACCUCGCCCUUUGACCUAA